AUCUCUAACCGUCCCACUGUCGCAAUUGAAGCGUGACUGCCUGUGCUGUGAACCGCAAUCACACUAACGAUAAUAACGCGCGAACUGCAUCGCGCAUCUCGAAUUCAUCAUUGAAUAAGAGCAAUAAAGAAAUACAAACAUGGCGGAUGUGAAGAUAGAAGAUAACCCAAAAAUAUUAUCGGGGCCGGUGUUGACCAAUUCCCCGAAUGCAGUGCUGUCGAAGACCUUACUCAGCAGAUAUAACGACCUGCCGCUGCCCGCUGACAAGAUCAUCGCGACCUACAUCUGGAUUGAUGGAACCGGCGAGCACCUCAGGUGCAAGGACCGCACCCUCAGCUUCAUUCCUAAAGUGCCUAAGGAAUUGCCUAUAUGGAAUUUCGAUGGCAGCUCCACUGGACAAGCUGAGGGCCACAACUCUGACACAUUCCUGAUUCCUCGGGCCAUUUACAAGGAUCCGUUCAGACGCGGCAACCAUAUCCUAGUCAUGUGUGAUACAUACAAAUACAACAUGGAGCCUACAGAUAGCAACAAUCGUGUCAAGUGUCAAGACUCAUACGACAGGUGUAAGGAUGAGGAGCCGUGGUUCGGCAUCGAGCAGGAGUACAUCCUACUGGACUCUGACCUCAGGCCCUUCGGCUGGCCCCCCGGCGGCUUUCCCCCACCACAGGGCCCGUACUACUGCGGCGUUGGUGCCAACAAGGUGUUCGCCAGAGAUCUAGUUGAAGCACAUUACAGAUGUUGUCUGUUCGCUGGCGUGCCAAUAUCGGGCACCAACGCGGAGGUGAUGCCCUCCCAAUGGGAGUUCCAAGUGGGGCCCUCUGUGGGCGUCACGGCCGCCGACGACUUGUGGAUGGCACGCUACAUACUGCACAGGCUCGCCGAGGAGUACGGCGUCAUUGUGUCCUUCGACCCGAAGCCGGUGCAGGACUGGAACGGCUCGGGUGCACACACUAACUUCUCCACCAAGAAGAUGAGGGAAGACAACGGUAUUAUUGAAAUUGAGAAGGCGAUAGAUAAGCUUUCAAAGGUGCACAUGAAGCACAUUAAAGUGUACGAUCCUCGCGGUGGAAAGGACAACGAGAGGAGACUUACAGGACUACACGAAACAGCCAGUAUUAAUGACUUCAGCGCGGGCGUAGCGAACCGCGCGAGCAGCAUCAGAAUACCGCGGAAUGUGGCCGAAGAUAAGAAGGGCUACUUAGAGGACCGCCGGCCCGCGUCCAACUGCGAUCCCUACGCCGUGGUGGAUGCGCUCAUGCGCACCUGCAUCCUCAACGAAUAACACAUGAGCCGCGUACAGCGCGCCCCUUACGCACCACGUGUCCACAUCAACAAUCCACAACCGCACGCAAACCAACACAGAACCUUAUUGACGACGGACCACUCGAACACGUCAUGUAGCCAAUGCAAACCGGGAUUACUGUAAUUGAUAGGCAGAUAUCAGUGACAAAUGUUAUUCUCGUAUUCGUGUUUGCUAUUUGUGGAUAAAGAAAUGAAAAGGUGUGCUGCUGUCAAAUUAAUAAAUAGCAAACACAAAUUACCUUAUGAAGAUCUGGCGUUACUUUAUUAUGGCAAAGCUUUUGGGUAAAACCGUGCGCAGGAGACGUUUUUGUAUGUAUUUAUUUAAAAUUGUUACUGCGGCGCAGGUACGUUGUCUAUUGCUUUGUACAAGAUGUUUGCCAUGGAUUUUUCUACAAUAAACACCGAUUGACUCCGUGAGUAAUAUAAAAAAUAAUAAUUAAACGACUAGCUAGCGCCAGUCUUAGAGCGGCUGAAAUUAAAUUUCGUCACUCAGGAUGAGUAACUUCCUACCACUGAAAGAAUUUUAAAAUUGGUUCACUUGUUCUAUAGAAAACUUCCUACAACUAAAAGUUGCCUCUUCUUUUUUAUAAUAUCUUAAUGGUACAAAAGUGUUCAAAAAGAUAAUAUGCUAAUAAAUCUAAGCGGUGUUCAUUGUAUAUCAGUUAUCAAUAAGCAUCCGUAACGAAUUUUGUUGAGAAUGCAGAUUUAUAGAGCUAAGGAUUCCAUAAAAUACAGUGGUAAAAUUGUUGUUCUGCGAUAAAUAUUGACGAAGUUAUGACCAAAUUAUUAAACGAAUUUUCGGCUGGCAGCGUGGUGACUGUGACGCCACAGCGCUCUAGCACUCGGGAGUGUGCAGGCGCGGGCGUGCAUAGAGACACUACUAAAGUUCGACCGGAGUGAACCACGAUCGAGCUCUGUGGCGUCACACGUUCCGGCCGCCCCGGUGUAUAUUGGCUACCAUAAAAUUAGUUAUAAAAUCGCAACGAAUGAACCGAUUUCGAUGAUGUAAAAAGUAUAUUAAUAAAAAGCUUAUUAGGUCAUAACUGUUGAUUUGGAUUUGCUGACCUAGUAAUGAUCCUCAUUAGAUAGGUAGUUAAAUUAGACAAACGAGGUGACUUUUUCAUAGCCUUGGUAGAGUUUGUUAUAUUGUCACGCACAGUCUAAGUAAUUAUUUGUAUGACUGUUAUUAAUGUGCAGAGAUUUUUUGUUGCGAAUAUAAAACGGGUAGCUUUAAUAGUGACUUUACGUCAGUGGAAUAUGGCCAAUAAACCUAAUGUACCUAGAUAGAACAUUAUUUAGUAUUUAUUGCCUUAUGACUUAUGAAGAAACAGCUGAUACCGACACGUGUAUAAAGGUAGCGAUAUACAAAGGACCACAUAAGAUAUUAUGAAAUAUACCUAUUAUAGUUAUCAUAUGUAAUUUUUACGAAUAUUAGGUAGGUAUGUGAUAUUUAAAAUUAAUUGUUACUUUGAUGUUAAAUAGUUUAUUUGUAUACAAAAUAACCACAUAUCAUUAUUUCUAACAUGUUCAUUUAAAACCUGUAGAUGAAUAUUAGUUAAGUGUAAGACUUUUCUUAAUAACACACAUUCAAAAAGCAGUUAUGUUAUGACGUAUGAUUUGGAAUAGAUAAAAUUUAGUUAUUUAUAUGAUAGGAGAAUGUAAACUAAUUGAAAUCGUUACAAAAUGUAUGAGAUUAAAGGAAUUCUGCUUCAACAAAAUUCUGAAGAGGCACUGUUUGAAAAAUUUGUUCAAAGUAUGUAGGUACCUACAGCAUUUUGAUGAUAAAGCACUAUAUGUUAGCGACAGAGUACAUAUAAGCACAAAUUAGAUUAGUCCAUUAAUAUAUUUAUACUUAUUAUUAUAUCGGGAAUAUUAUAUUUUUUUUAGCAUGCGUCUGAAUAAUGGAUUAUGUAGUAAAUGUAUGUGAUUAUGUUAAAAUUGUAAACUUGAUGUUAUAAGAAAUAAACAAUACUUUGUUGUAUGUAAUCAAUUUA